AACAAACACACCACGCCCACACGAGAGAACUGUGACUCUUCAAGGUCUCCAAUCAUGGUUGAAAAGUGUGCGAAAUGCCACAAGCAUAUCGAAGGGACCAUAGUUACGGCUAUGAACAAAAAGUGGCACAGCGAAUGCUUCGUUUGCACUGGGUGUCAUUCUCCUCUGGCCGGCCAGUCCUUCCACAACAAAGACGGCUCCCCUUACUGCAUUAAAUGUCGACAGGAAAAGUUUGAUCCAACAUGCGAUGUAAGUCAUUACACCACAAUAUAUCUCAUUUUAAAGCCACCUCUUAAAUUUAAUGCCCCUCUACCUUAUAUAUAUAUAAAUUUCAUUUCACAGAAAUGCGGUAAGAAGAUUGACCCAACAGUGAAGUACACAAUUUAUCAGGACAAAUCGUUCCAUCGUGAAUGCUUCACUUGCUCGGAGUGCAACCAGCCAAUAGAGGGCAAGAAAUUCGUCAUCAAAGAUGGAAAGUACUGCUGCGCUGAUCACCUUAAGUAA